AUGUCGGUGUUCGAGCUUGGUGACCGAGCGCUAGUUUAUCAAGGGGAGUUACUGUAUGAAGCUAAGAUACUCAAGAUUUUCUAUCCCUUAUCCAAGAUAAUCAAAUUUAAUGACGAGAAAACUAAAGAUGUUGUUGAAACCGCACCAGAACCGACGUUCCUGGAGAGAUAUCGAUCCUCAAAGGCUUAUUUUGUUCACUACAAAGGAUGGAAGUCCAAGUGGGAUGAAUGGGUCACGCCGGAAAGGAUUUUGCCGUAUAACAAAGAAAACUUAAUCAAGCAAAAGGAGUUAGUUCAAAGCCAUCGAUCUGUUGGAUCAUCCGUUUCUAACCGACCUAAAGUGAAACUUACGUUGAAAGGCACAGUUAGGCAGACAAACAACGCACCAUCGAACUUUACAGAACCUUCCAAAAGGGCUGAGUUGAAAGUCCUAAUCCCCGAUUCAAUAAAAUACGUUUUGGUAGACGACUGGGAAAAUGUGACUAAAAAGCGCAAGCUGGUUCACUUGCCUUCUAAAGACUGCAUUGCGAACAUUGUAACAGCGUACACUACACAACUUCAACUGUCCUCAACUUCUCAGGAUGACCCCGCGCUCGACAACAAGCUUGAAAUUGCUCGCAGCUUACGGCUCUAUUUCAACCAAGCAUUAGGCUCCUUACUUCUCUACCGCCAUGAAAGAACACAAUACAAGAUGGUGUUAGAUAAAUUUCCCGACUCUGAGAUGUCGCAAAUUUACGGUGUAAACCAUUUACUGAGACUUUGCGCCAUUCUGCCCAAUUUAGUGAUACAAUCGACUAUGGACCCACAAAGCAUUUCUCUAGUACGUGAGUUUCUGGAGGAUUUUUACGCCUUCCUGAGUGCCAACCUGAAAGAACUUAUUGAAGAUUAUGAAAAUGACCUGCCGACAUACUGA